UGUCGUUGGGGACAUUAGUUUAUUAAUCUAUGUUCAUGUUGGUUGGGGACAAAUUAAAAAAAAAUAUAUAUAAAUAUUUGUAUUUAUUUUGAUUUUUGAUAAUUCGUGAAAAAGUGCAAUUAUUCACGAAAAUAUAAAUUAAAAUAUGAUAACUUUAUAUGUCAGUAAUGGGGUAGCAUCCAUCUGGAAUUCCGAUGACUGGCACAAUCUUCGUGUAAAUCAUCGAAUAUGUGGCUCUUUAAUUGGAUCAGUUGCAUCAUUUCCCCGGCAAAAUGAAUUUCAGGGAUUGCCAAUGGCUCUGAUGUCUGAGGAAGCAGCAUUGUUAGUUGAAAAAGGAAUAUGUGAGUUGGUUGAACUGCCAAAAUUGAACGAUGACCUCUCAGACGAGCAAAAACUGGAAUUAAAACGAAUAAACAACAAGACAUUGAUUGAGCAAGCAGAGGCUUUACGCAAGAGGAAAAUUGAACAGUUGUCACAAAAGUUGGACAUCAUUGUUGCAGGCAAAAAGAAAAAGAUGCUAUCUAAAGGAAUAUCUAAUAUAAAUAUUGAUAAAGAUGCCUUACUGCAAGAAGAGAUAAAUAAGUUACCUGCAUUAGCACCAACUAACACUCUUGUGCAUUUACCAACAGAACAUUACAUAGAUACAGAAAGAAAAAAGGUUUCAAUUGAUGUCUUAAAACCUAGUGUAUUAGAUAGCAAGGGAGCGAACCGUUACGCUAUUUUUAAAGAUUUGUGGCAAAAAGGAUUCUAUAUGACAUCAGGGUCAAAGUUUGGAGCCGAUUUUCUUGUAUAUCCAGGUGAUCCAGUGAAAUUUCAUGCAAUGUACAUGUUGCGAUGUGUAAACGACCACAGAACAGUGUUCCGUCCCGCAAACUUAGUUGCUUUCGGUAGACUCUCUGUGGCAGUCAAUAAAUUAGCUGUGCUUGCAUUUUGUAAUGUUUUUGGAAAAGUUGAAUAUCAAACACUUUUAUGGCACGACAGUGUAAAUAGUUAAGUAAAACGAAUGUCUAAGCUAAGAAAUUAUAUUAAAUAUUUUGUA